CAGAUUCGGCGGCUCUCUCUGCAAGCUUCACUCCAGCCUGAGCGGUUCACUUCUCCGAGGCUUUGCCAUUUAAUGCUGCGGUCAGGAGUGCAGGCGAGUUGAGCAUGAUUCUUCUCACAGUGCUUUUCCUUUGCAUCAUUUCCACGUAUUCAGCCUCUGUUAAAGGGCACACCACUGGACCAAGCCUAAAUAAUGACAAGAUAUAUAAAUUUGCUUAUUCAUCUGAAGUGUUUAUUGACCGGGUUAAAGCAUCACUACAGGAUAGUGCAGGCUACCGGAUUUCUUCUGGUGUGGAUGUCAACCUCUUAUGGAGAAAUCCCGACAAUGAUGACGACCAGUUGAUCAAAAUUACGAUAAGAGAUAUCCAAGUUGCAAAUGUAAAUGAACGUCCGGACACUAAAAACAUCUUCAAAGGAAAAAGCACAGAGAAGAUCAUUGGGAAAGAGUAUCUGGAAGCUUUACAGAGGCCCAUAGUUCUUCAGUUAACCCGUGGAAAAGUAAAAAACUUCUACUCGUAUCAAAAUGAGCCUGCUCUUGUUCAAAAUCUAAAGAGAGGUCUGGCUAGCCUUUUCCAGCUCCAGCUGCACUCUGGCGCUGCCCGUGAGGUGGAUGUAUCUGGCGAAUGCAAUGUUACUUACCAUGUUCGGCAAGAUCAAGUGACUAAAAUUAAAGCCCUGGACUCCUGUAAAAUAGAAAAGACAGGAUUCACCAGCCCCAAUGAGAUUUUAGAUGUUGGCACAAAAGCCACGUCUGCCACAAUUUAUGUGCUGGAAGACAGUUUCAUCAAAUCCAUUAAGGCAGAAGAGAAUUAUGCUUUGUUUCUGAAUUCCCGACGAAAAACAGAUGCCAAAGUAGUUUCAAAGCAGAGACUGGAACUGAAGUCGAUACAAGCCGGCCCUGGACUCUUUGCUGCGAAGCAAGUUGACGGAGUUAUCAAGACUUUGGGCUCUAGUUACGUAGCAGUGCCGCUGGUAGCCAAGACUGUCCAAGCUGAAUGCAAAAAGUGUCCAUCACUUUCUGAACACUGGCAGAGCAUCAGAAAACAUUUGCAUCCUGAAAACCUUUCCAAAGCUGAAGCAACAAGAAGCUUUUUGUCCCUCAUUCAGACCCUCAGAAAAGCUGCAAAAGAGGAGAUACUGCAGAUUCUUAGAAGUGAAAAUAACGAACUCCUUCCACAGUUAGUGGAUGCUGUAACAUCUGCCCAGACCCCAGCAUCUCUGGAGGCCAUGCUGGAGUUUCUAGACUUUAAGAAUGAAAAAAGUGCUAUACUGCAGGAGCGGUUCCUAUAUGCCUGUGGAUUUGCUUCUCACCCAAAUGAAAUGCUCCUGAAAGCUUUAACCACUAAGUUCCAGGAUAAGAUUGCAAAUGAAGAAAUCAGAGAGACUGUUGUCAUUGUCAUGGGAGCACUUAUCAGAAAGCUCUGUGAGAGAGAAGGCUGCAAACUUCCGGCUGUCGUGGAAGCCAAGAAGCUGAUUCUACGUAGACUGGAGAAAGCUAAGAAAGGUGACAAUGUGAAGAUGUACCUGCUGGCACUGAAGAACGCGCGUCUCCCUGAAGCAAUCCCAGUGCUUCUGAAGUACGCUGAGUCAGAAGAAGGGCCCAUCAGCAACAUUGCUGCCACUGCCCUGCAGAGAUACGAUGUUUCUUUUCUCACCAAAGAGGUGAAGAAAACAAUGAACAGGAUAUACCACCAGAGUCGUAAAGUCCACGAAAAGACAGUGCGAACUACUGCAGCUGCUAUCAUCUUAAACAGUAACCCAUCCUACAUGGAAGUGAAAAACAUCCUGCUCUCCAUUGGCGAACUGCCUCCAGAAAUGAACAAGUACAUGCUCUCCAUAAUUCAAGAUAUACUUCACUUCGAAAUGCCUGCAAGCAAAACAGUUCGUCAAGUUCUGAAGGACAUGCGUGCUCAUAACUAUGAACGCUUCUCCAGGACAGGCUCUUCCUCUGCCUACUCUGGCUAUAUGACACGUGGUCCUGACAUAUCAUCCACAUAUAGCCUUGACAUCCUCUACUCAGGUUCUGGCAUUUUAAGGAGAAGUAACCUGAACAUCCAUAUUUUCAACAAAAAUGCUCGACUUCAUGCCAGCCAGGUGGUGAUCGAGGCUCAAGGCCUGGAGACCAUAAUAGCUGCAACUCCCGAUGAAGGCGAGGAAAACCUGGACUCCUUUGCUGGCAUGUCAGCCAUUCUGUUUGACGUCCAGCUCAGGCCAGUUACAUUUUUCCAAGGGUAUGGUGAUUUAAUGUCUAAAAUGCUCUCAGCAACUGGAGAUCCCAUUAACGUGGUGAAAGGACUUAUCCUCCUGACAGAUCAUUCACAGGUCAUUCAGCUGCAGUCUGGGCUGAGGGCCAGCGUGGAGUUCCGAGGUGGGCUGUCCAUCGACAUCUCUGGAGGAAUGGAGUUCAGCCUUUGGUACAGGCAAUCCAAAACCAACGUUAAGAAUCGGGGAGCCAUGUUCAUUGCUGGUAACAUCGUGGUGGAUUCCUUCUUCGUAAAGGCUGGUAUGGAAACCACCUUAGAAAUAGAAACAACAUUGGACUUCAUCUCUACGGUGCAGUUUUCACAGUACCCAUUUUUAGUCUGCAUGCAGAUGGACAGAGUUGAGUCUCCAUUCAGGCGAUACGUGACUAAAUAUGAAAGUCUACCAUCUGGCAGACGGUACACCUCAAGGAAAGCAAAGGUGGAACUGUUGGCAGGUUCUGAGUACCCUCUCCAUCAAGAAAACUCCAAUAUGUGCAGGGAGGUUUUCAGCACUGAAUCUGAUUCCUCCAGCAGCUGGUUUUGAAAUGAGUUCUCACUUUCCUGAAUCCAUAGGCUUGUAUGUACCAUAUUAACUUGGAGCUUGAUCUUGCUCUACUGCAGUUAAUGGGAAAUUUGCCAUUGAUUUCAACAGGCCAGGAUCAAACUCUUAGUGCGUGCACAGUGUUUACAUAUUUACCUAUAUUUAAGACUUUUGUAAAAAAGCUAAAACAAAUAAAGACCAAUCUGGUAGCAUUCCGUGCACUCCCCCAAGGGCGGUGCUAGUUCUUUAUUUUUACUUUUUUUGUGCCAAAAGCAAAAAUAAGCCCUCAUUUUUUUUUAUUAGGCAAGGGAAUACAGAAGUCCAUGCUUCUGACAUGCAGUAAGAACAAUUAUGAUCUAUAAAGAAUGAUUAUUUAUGAAUAUGUUUUAAAGCAUUUAGGUGUUUUAGGCCUAUGACCAAUCCUCAUUCAAAUACUCAAAUAUAAAUUAACAUCUAAAUGGGACCAUGAAUUCCUGCUUACUCAGUAUUGCCUGUUUACAAAAAAGUAGUUUUAUUUUACAAGAUUUUAAAAGAAUUUUUGCCUUUUUUAAACAGUCAGAGCUUGAUUAUUAUUAUUAUUUAUCAUUUUUUUUGUAUUAACUGCUAUAGUUAGACACAUUCAAUUAAAAAUGUAGGGUAACAUUUCCACUUAGCACUUCCAAGCCCAAGAACCAACUGUUCCCGUUGAAAUCAAUGGUAUAAUUUCUGUGGCUAUUACCAGGAGCAGACUUCAGUCAAUGCUGAUUGCUCUUCAAGGUUGCCUCCAGAAAAUUCAUGUCACUGUGUGUAAUCAAGGCAAGUCUAUUUCAAAACACUACCCACUAAAGCAAUUCUGAACUAUAAUGAACGUAAAGGUCCUGAAAGAAACCAUUUCAAAUGCACAGUCUAGCAAAGCCUGUGCAGGGAGAGAACAUUCUCUCCUAGGUAAGUUAGGCUCAUAUUUCAAUGCAAACAAGUAAUCAUUACUCAUAUAAGUCAUCCAACUAAAAUGAAUUAUAUAAGUACCUUGUAGUGACUUGACAGGAACUGCGAAAAAAAUACACAUUUUAUAUUUACAACAGCAUCACAGAUUAAGAAAGAAUAUAUCUCAUCACAACUCAUCGGAUCUCCCACAUGAUCCUUUGAUUCAGUUUUUAUAGGACAAAGUGUGUGAGUGCUUGUGAAAGCAAAAGCCAGGAACAAUUGUUUUACAAAAAAAUAAAAACAGGCAGGAAAAGCUUGUCGAGUGUCACAAAAAAAUUGUAAGAAUAAUUAAAAAAAAAAACCAAAUACUUUCAUGUUGUAAAAAAGCAAAAGUGCCCAAUCUGCAGAAAUCAAACUAUUGACAGGAUGAAACAGUCUGCUUGUUGUCUUUCCUGAGAAUGCUGACACACUUCUAGUCAGAGCAUAAAAAAUAAAACAGGCAAAAAUAUGGUAUGAAAAUAUUA